AUGUUCUCUUUUUUCGGGCAUUUUCUUUUUUUACUCACUAAUCUUUCUUUUUUCUUUCUUUCUGAUUUUUUCUUUCUUCCUCUGAUUUAUUCCGUUCUUUCUUUUUUCCUUUCUUUAUCUGAUGAUUUUGUCUUCAUCUCUUUCAUAUUUUCUUUCACUAACUCAUUCACUCAUUUCUUCAUUUUCUGUCGCUUUCUUCAUUUCUAUAUUUAUUUAUUUCCUUCCUUGAUUAAUUUGUUUCUCUAUUUAUUUCUCUCUCUCUCUCUCUCUUUCUCCCCUCCCUCUCUUUCUCCCCCCUUUCUUCUCCCCUUCUCUCUCUUCUUUCUCCCCUCUCUCUCUCCCCUCUCCCCUCUCUCUCUCUCCCCUCUCUCUCUUUCUCCCCCUCUCUCUCUCUUUCCUUCUCGUAUAUUCAAUCCAUAUAACUUCUUUCAUUCUUUCUUUGAUUCUUUCCCUUUUUUUUUCUUCGUCUCUCAUUUUGCCUUAAACUACGCGAAUAAGAAAUAG